GGUCGUCUGGUACUCUAGGAGCUUGGGGUACGCCGGCCGAAGUACCAAGUUUAUAGUCAUGUCGGCGUCGGUGUUGUCGGUAAUCUCCCGGUUCUUAGAAGAGUACUUGAGCUCCACUCCUCAGCGUCUGAAAUUGUUGGAUGCAUAUCUCUUGUAUAUACUGCUGACCGGGGCGCUGCAAUUCGGUUACUGUCUCCUCGUGGGGACCUUCCCCUUCAACUCUUUCCUCUCCGGCUUUAUCUCUUGCGUGGGGAGCUUCAUUCUAGCGGUGUGUCUGAGAAUACAGAUCAACCCGCAGAACAAAGCAGAUUUCCAAGGCAUCUCCCCAGAGCGAGCCUUUGCUGAUUUUCUCUUUGCCAGCACCAUCCUGCACCUCGUUGUCAUGAACUUUGUUGGCUGAAUCAUUCCCGUUUACUUAAUUGAGGAGAAGGAGACUAGAAGAAGGUUCACUCUGAUUUCCCCUGGACAAGAGCUCUUAAGAUGGCAGUUUGCUGGACACAUGGAUUUUCUUCAGAUUUAUGCUUACUACCACUCUGAUUGUACAGAGCCCAGAAAAGUCCCGCGGCUUCUGACUCAGAAUAACUUUGUAACUUCGUACUGGUCAUUUAUUAAUACAGUCUUUGCCUGCCAUUAAAUGUAACCUUUUUGCCUUCCAGAUUAAAGAAUUCCAUGCCACUCCU